AUGUCUGUCGAAACCACUGCUACCAUUGCCUCGUUUGGGGGUAAGCUCUUGAAGCUUGCCCACAAGGCCGCUUCCACAAACUGCGAAAUGAAGUUUAACUUGUUCCUGCCUCCUCAAGCUCUCAAGAGCUCGGCCGAAAAGAUCCCCGUUCUUAUCUAUCUGUCCGGUCUGACCUGCACCGGUGACAACUGCUCCGAGAAGGGCUUCUUCCAGCACCGCGCCAGCCAAAAGGGCAUUGCAGUUGUCUACCCAGACACCAGCCCGAGUACGUCUACACAACCCUUGUACCCUGAUAACAUCUCAUCUGACCACUCAUACAGGANNGGACUCGACAUCGCUGGUGAGGAUGACUCGUACGACUUUGGCUCAGGUGCCGGCUUCUACGUCAAUGCCACCAAGGAGCCCUACAACAAGGGCUACAACAUGUACUCAUACAUCACCGAGGAUCUCCCCAAGGCUCUCUUCUCUUCCUUCAAGCAGCUGGAUUCGGAUAGAGUCAGCAUUACUGGCCACAGCAUGGGUGGUCACGGUGCCUUGACUUUGAACCCCGGCAAGUACAAGUCCGUCUCGGCCUUCGCUCCCAUCGCCAACCCCAGCAACUGCGACUGGGGCAAGAAAGCCUUCUCUGGCUACUUCGGCGAAGACCAGAAAGAGAAGUGGGCCGAGCACGACGCUACCGAGCUCAUCAAGAAGUGGAAGGGUCCUUUGGAUAUGCUCAUUGAUGUUGUACNNGGCACUGGCGACAACUUUUACAAGCAAGGCCAGCUCUUGCCCGAAAACUUGACCAAAGCUGCUCAAGAGUCAGGCAACGACAAGGGCGUCAACCUGAGGAUGCAGCCCGACUACGACCACAGCUACUACUUCAUGGCCACCUUCGCCGAUGACCACGUUGACCAUGCUGCCAAGUACCUCCUGGGA